AUGGAUCCCAAGUCCACGCUCCCUACCAACUAUACGCUGAAGAUCAAGAAUCGCCUCAAUGCCCAAGCAGAUCAUCGCCCAUUCUCGGCGCGCAACACGAAUCCAGAGGCAUGGCGCCUGGUUGUCGAAAAGGGUCUUGGGCGUUUAAAAUGGAAAUAUCUGACUUCCCAGAGUGAACGGGAUUCUCGCCCACAGGAUCUUGUUUCGCGAUUCUUUCUAGGACUUCCUCUGUCUAUUCUAGAUUUUGAGCCAGCAGAGAGCCCAUCUCAAUCCAUAUCCAAUGGCCUGCGAUUUCAUAGCCGUCUCCAAGUCGCUGGACGGGGCUGCUGGGCGGCUGACUUGCAAUGCAUUCUCUUUGUCACUCCGAUGCUUAUCAUGUCCUGGUACAUCACUGGUGCGGAGAUUGAUGAGGCGUACGCAAUUGAGAUGGUCAAAUAUCUUUUUCAAAGUCAGGACCCAACGGACGGUGGAUUUCCUACACACACCGGGGGUAAGACCACGCUUAUGGGCACCAUGUUGAUCUAUGUUGCUCUUCGACUAAUGGGCGUGCCCUCGGACGAGGAGCACCUCAUUAAAGCAAGAGCAUGCUUCUUGGAUAUGGGCGGUGCGGCGUAUCUACCCAGCUGGGCAAAGUUCUGGCUCGCUCUUCUUGGCUUGUAUGGUUGGGAAGGAACCGACCCUUAUCCCGUCGAACUCUGGCUCCUCCCAGAGUGGACCCCGAUCAGCCCAUGGAGAUGGUUCAACAUUGUCCGCCAAGUCUAUUUGCCCAUGUGCUAUCUCUCUAGUAAAAGGUUCACCAUCCCAUCAAACCCUCUUUUAGAUGAAAUUAGAGAAGAGAUAUUUACGCAGCCAUAUUCGUCUCUCGACUUUGCCUCUCUGCGUGGAUCCGUCCUCGAGUGUGAGCGUCACCAGCCGCAGGGCCGCCUUCUGCGCACGAUUAAUUGGACCUUGUCCAAUGUGUGGAAUCCGUGGUUACGUCCCAGAAUCCUGACUGAACAUGCCGAGCGAACUGCCUUGGAAGUUGUGAAGGCGUCCGAUAAAACAUUCAACAGCACUGGAGCAAUCAGUUUGGACUGUUUCUUGAAUAUGAUUGUCUUCUAUUGCGAGGAAGGGCCCAACUCCAAGAGGGUACAACAGAAUCAAGACAUAACUCUGGAAUAUCUUUGGAUCAGUUCACAAGGCAUGCAAUCCCAGAGUAUUCAUGGCGGCCACGUUUGGGAGACUUCUUUUGCCCUUCAAACUUUUGCAACGUCCGGAUUGGCAGACCAUCCAGACCUGAGGUGCUGCAUCGAAGAUGCCUACAAAUUCCUGCUUGAGCAGCAAUUCCUUGAAGAUUGGCCUGAUUCACCUCCAUGCUAUCGUCCCAGUCGCCUAGGCGGGUGGCCAUUCACCACGAGAUAUAAUGGAACGACGUGCUCGGACUGUACCGGGGAGGCAUUAAAAGCUAUUCUGCUGGUGGAAAGUCAAACGAACAUUCCUCGGCUUAGCACGGAGGGGAAUAUCCGGCUAGGAAUCGAUAAUCUGCUCAUGAUCCAAAACGCAACUGGAGGGUAUAGCGCUUUCGAGCCCAUUCGCAGCGGCCCUUUCAUGGAAUGUUUGAAUGGAACUGAGCUUUUUGCCAACGUGAUGACGGAGUAUGAUUACACGGAAUGCACGUCGUCCUGCAUCACUGCACUGAGCCUCUUCAAGGAGCGCGAUAGCACCUACCGAGCAGAGGAAGUGGCUCGCGCCAUUGACCGUGGUGCGAACUUUAUCCAUCAGAACCAGCAUCCUGAUGGAGGUUGGCUUGCCUCUUGGGGGAUUGCUUACACUUACGGUGCCUUUUUUGCCAUGGAGGCUCUUCACUGUGUAGGGGAGACAUACGAAAACCAUCUUGUUGUCAGGAAGGGGUGCGACUUUCUCAUUGGCAAGCAAAAACAGGACGGCGGAUGGGGGGAAACCAUUGAGUCCAUUCUCAAGAAACGGUAUGUGCAAGCAGAAGCAUCCCAUGUGGUUCAAACCGCCUGGUGCUGUAUGGCACUGCUAUAUGCCGACUAUCCCGAUCCUGAGCCCAUCAAGAGAGGAAUUCAGCUUAUCAUGAGCCGACAAAAGCCAAAUGGCGAAUGGGAACAGGAAUCAGGCGUGGGAGCAGGAAUCUUCACCUGUCAACUAUUAUAUCAUAAUUAUACCUACUCGUUCCCUAUCAGGGCCAUUGCCCUCUACAAGCAGAGAUAUGGCGACGAGAAGCUGCUCUGA